CCUCAACAGCUGUCAUUAGCAGCUAACGAGCUGCUGCCGGAGACGGUGCCUGUGCCGAGAGGAGGGACCGUACGGCUGUUAAUAAGAGGCCCAGAACUCUCAGACGAGGAAUUUGAAAACCUUUUUAAAGCUCAUUCGGAUGCCAGCAUGAAAGGAUUUUUAAUUUGGAAACUCUUGCUUUAAGGCACCUCUUGUCAGGCGAUCGAUUCUUUAUUACAGUGUUGACAUACCUCUCACAUUGGUCACUAUGCAGUUGAAAAACAAGUUUUCUAAGCUAACCAAUUGACUAUAUUUUUUCCUCUCCACUGAAUGAGUUUUUGACAUUUAAUCCAUCCAGUUUUUGUCCAAGCUAUAUGUUUUUUGUUUUAAACUUUGGUGUUAUUUUAUGCCCUAAAGGACAUUGAUCACCAUGGCUGCAGCCUAUCGCGUAGUGGUGAGCAGUGUCAGCUGCUACAACAGUGUGGUAGUUGACCGCCGCACUCACUCCCAUGCUGUGCACUACUGCCCGGGGCCAUGUGGGGCGCUGUCCCAGGGCCUGGACUGUACCGUCGCACACCGCGGCACUUGUUCUGAGCUGCUUGCUGCACCUGACACUGUAUACACGGACGCCAACAGCUCGCUCAUGCACUCCCAUAACAUGAUCUCUCAACACCUCCACAACCACGGUAAAGUGACCGUUACCAUGGACAGAACCUAUAAUGGGGGUUUAGAGAGGGCAGACAGCAGUGGCAAUUUAGGGGAGGAUAGCCCCACAUGGCGUGGUAAAAAAGCCCCCAUUGCCGGAGGGUCGACCGGGAACCUUAGCUCCUCUGGCAGUCUGAAGGACAUUACCGAAGAAGCCAUCAAUCUCGCCAGCGGUAAGCUCAAGGAGUUUUCUUUCGACAAGCUCCGCCUCUCGUCCUCCAGCCACGUCACCUUCCGAAAAGGUCGCAAGGUCCGUCCCGACUCGCUCAGCCGUCGCUCCACCGACCUGGAGAUCAUCUACGGCCACUUCAGCUCCAACAUCACCACAAACGGAACCGCUAACGGCAUGACAAACGGCACGGGUCCGCCUAAUGAUGAGAACCUCCCACCAUUUGUGCCUGGGAAGGUGGCGAGCCUGGAGGAGACCAAGCUGAAGGGCAGCACGGCCACGCUGUCGGCCAUCACCAAGCUGAGUGCUGGAUCAACAGGCAGCCUACUGAGUAUCGGGUCUUUAGACCAAAGCCUGACCACAAUGGCCUCCCUGUACCGCAACACUCUGGGAGAUGAGAACUUGAUUGCCCGUCUGCUGGAGAAGACACGGGCGGAGGCGGGAACCGGGGGAGCGGGCGGGGAGGACAUCCGCGCCUGCCUCGACAUCCUGCUCAAAUGUUCUGAAGACUUAAAGAAAUGCACCGACAUUAUCAAGCAGUGCAUCAGACACAAAGCCGGAGGAGGGCCCGAAGACGGCGGAGCCAGUCCCGACAGUGUGUAUCGGGCCGUGAUGACCCGACUCAGCUCUUAUUUGAAGAGACUGCCUCUGGAGCUAGAGGGCAUCGGAAGCCUGGGAGGCGUUGGGCAAGGGGGUCAGGGUGCGCCCGGAAGCGGGCACAGCGAUCUGGCUGAGCUGGUCAGCACUCUUCACUCCAUCCAGCAGGGCGUUUACUCUCCAAUAUUUGGCAACGAGCAGCCGCCUCGCUAUGAGGAUGUGGUGAUGUCACCUCCCCUCCCAAAGACAGCUCCUCACUCUGUAUCGUCUACCCUCUCCUCUGUUUCGUCUUCCUCCUUGUCUUCUUUGAAAUCAGACUCCAUCCAUACCAAACCAGUGCAAAGUUCCCCGUCCCGAGCCACUGCACACACAAACGGACUACAACAUCUUUCUUCGGUCACACAACACACGCUGUCCCCCCCGUCUGCCACAUGCUCUCCGUGCGGCUUCUCUCCGACACACUCUCCGUCCCGUUGUCGUACCUCCCCCACCCCACUGUACACGCGCGCCCCUCCAGCAUCGCCCAUGGAGGCUCUUCAUAUUGAGGAGGAGGAGGAGGCGGAUGUGGGGAAGACGCCGGAACAAAUCUCACAACAGGCACACACUCCAUCUAGAGUGGUGGGUGCUACCCAGAACAAAAAUGGGAUUACAUUGGGUGAACACACGCACUUGUCUCAUGCACGCACUCUCCGUAACUCGGCCACCACUGACUGCAGCCCGACUUGGCCUUCUGCACCGCUCACGGCCCCAGCACCCAAAGCUGUCUCGCACAGGAAUGAUGACAUCGACAAGCUGCUGAUGGACUUAGAGAGUCUCUCCCAGAGUAUGAGCCACCCCAGGAACACCGAGCCUCCGCUUCCAGCCAAAACCAGGAAGAGAGAAGGAGGAGGCCAGGGAAUCACUUCCGGCGAGGGCCUUUGUCAGCCUAAACUGUCCCAAUUCCAAGUCCAGAAGCCUGCCAACCACAUAGUGGUGAAUGGCCCUACCACCAGGUCUCCCCAGAGUCCCACUCCUCCCCGGGGAGAGAAAAGUGAAGCCGUGUUAGGAGAGGAGGAGGAUGGGGCACUGCUGCUGAGGAUCCUGGAGAGCAUCGAGAGUUUCGCCCAGGAGCUGGUGGAUACCGGGGCGGGCAGCACAGGGAGUGCUGAGAGGAACAGUGGGAAGGAGCGGGAGGUGAUGAGGCUCCUGCAGGAUACCAUGGCCACCGCAUGCAGGGCUGAUACGCCUGUGGAGAGCACAAGCCCACCAGCUGCUCCCAUUGGUCCCCCCGUACACACACAUGUGCCUACACAAAUCCCAGCUAUACCCCCAAAACACUCCCUCGCAAACACACCCGCAGUUUCACCUGCACCGACACCUUCAUAUAUAGUCGCGUGUGACGCUACAUCCAAAGCUUUGCCCGAACCAAAACCAGAAGCUGCCCCCAAGCUGAUGCCCACAUACCCUGUACCUGAGCCUACAACUGAGGUUGCAGAUACAGUUGCAGAAGCCUGUACAGGUGAGACUGACACAACAUCCAUCCCUGCCCCUGUAAUGUCCCCGCCCGCCAGCUCGCAUUCCUCCACACAUCCAGCUGAACCCACACCUGUAGCUGCACCCGAAGCUCCGGCCCCCAUCGAAAUCCCAGUCGUGGUUGCCUCAAGAGACGCUGGCGUUGCCGUGGGCGACCCCGUCGCCGUGAAAGACACCGGUUCGACCCUCCUCAUCCAGCAGACCCCAGAGGUCAUCCGCGUCCAGUCCAAACCGGAGAGGACACCUGGUACACCUCCACCGGCCCCGACUCUGCCCACGCCCACCUCCACCCCAACGCCGCGCUCACCUAGCCCUCCCGCGGCUCCGGUGGUAGUCACCCCUCCUCCCCCCGCCAUCAACAUUCCCAGGUUCUACUACCCCCGCGGGCUCCCCGCCACGGGCCCGGCCACCAACCACGACGCAGCCAUUGCUGCCAUCGAGGCGGCCUUCACGGAGUUUGAGGAGGAGAAGGCCGACAUAUAUGAAAUGGGCAAGAUCGCAAAGGCAUGCGGCUGUCCACUUUACUGGAAGGCUCCCAUGUUCUCCUCGGCAGGUGGUGAGAGAACAGGCUUUGUGUCUGUUCACUCCUUCAUUGCGACCUGGAGGAAGUUGUUGCACGGUUGCCACGACGAUGCGUCGAGGUUCAUCUCCCUGCUGGCCAAACCCAGCUGUAACUACCUGGAGCAGGAGGACUUGAUCCCUCUGAUGCAGGACAUAGUGGAUACGCAUCCUGGUCUCACAUUUCUGAAGGAUGCACCUGAAUUCCAUUCACGCUACAUAACAACGGUCAUCCAGCGGAUAUUCUAUGUGGUAAACCGCUCGUGGACGGGUCGCAUGACCACGAUGGAGCUGCGGCGGAGCAACUUCUUACAGACCCUGGCGCUGCUGGAGGAGGAGGACGACAUCAACCAGAUCACUGACUACUUCUCUUACGAACACUUCUACGUCAUCUACUGCAAGUUCUGGGAGCUUGAUACUGACCAUGACCUCUACAUUGACCCGAAAGACUUGGGAAGAUACAAUGACCACGCCUCCUCAAACAGAAUCAUUGAAAGAUUGUUUUCAGGGGCCGUUACUCGGGGUAACGCCGUGCAGAGGGAAGGCAGGAUGAGCUACGCUGAGUUCGUCUGGUUCCUCAUGUCUGAAGAGGACAAGAAAAAUCCCACCAGUAUAGAGUACUGGUUCCGCUGCAUGGACGUGGAUGGCGAUGGCGUCCUGUCCAUGUUUGAGUUGGAGUAUUUCUAUGAGGAGCAGUGUGAGAGGAUGGAAAGGAUGGGCAUCGAACCGCUGCCCUUCCAGGAUCUGCUGUGUCAGAUGCUCGACCUGGUCAAACCUGAGAGUUUAGGUAAGAUAACCCUCGGUGACUUGAAGCACUGCCGGAUGGCCCACAUAUUCUUUGACACCUUCUUCAACCUGGAGAAAUACCUGGACCACGAACAAAGGGACCCAUUUGCUGUGCAAAAGGACGUUGAUAGUGAAGGUCCAGAGCCAUCUGAUUGGGAUAAAUAUGCUUCAGAGGAGUAUGAGAUUCUGGUUGCUGAGGAGACGGCAAAUGAACAGCUACAUGAGGGGUCCUUUGAUGAUGACUAUGAAUCUGAGGAGCUUCAAGUUACUGGAGAGAUUGGCAGUAAAAUGGAAAAACUGGUCAUAUCAGACCUGUCAGCAUAGAACUCUUUACUUGGAAUUCCUGCGCUUUUCUUUCCGGGGAAACUAACCGGAAUGCGGCAAUAGAAGUUCCCCGCGGACGGAAGCAUCACAGAAAACAUGGACUUAAAGACUCUUGAUGACUCUGGAGUUCCCUCAUCGCAGACGUAUUUUGUGUGUCUGUGAGACUGCUGACCAUCACUGUUCUGUGUCUGGUGCAACAGAGCAUCUGUAGUCCUACAGAGAACAAUUUCACUGCCUCCAGCUCUCUGCACCGUCCGAGAGAACAAAGCGAACUGUAGCAGAGGGAGGAUGCGAGGGGGGGGAGGGUACGAUUAGCUCUUAAAGGAUUUAAGACUUAACAUUUUACUGUAAAAUAAUGUAAUUGUGAAUUUUGACUACAGACAAUCCUGCCAGCAGACAAUCAUCUGAAGGUAAACAGACAGGUAGACUCUUAGUUAGUGAUAUAGUGAUAGGCACUGAAGAGCCACAGUCAUUGCUCACGAUGACACAAACGGACAAACACUGCCACCAGACUCCUGCUGCCUGUGCAGCUCGUCACUGUGUUCCUUGGGGAGGAAGUCGUUGAACCUCCUUUAAGGGGGGCAAUCAUGUAACAGUUCGGGUGGUUCUUACAUUGCCUCUCUGUGGCCAGUCAGUGCUGCUGCAGGCUGUCGCCGUCCCGCACGUCGCUUCAUGGCUGGCCAACUUUUUUUUUUUCAAAGAGGGAGUUCAGUUCAGUACAGCCCGAGCUGCGCUAUUAUUAGUGCGUCAUUAUCGUUGCUCCACCCCUGUACUCCCUUUUGAAAUCAUUUUUAAACCCUGUAAAAAGUCUCUCUCAGAAAGUACUGGAAAGUACCACUCGAUUGUGUCAUUUCUAAGUCAGGUCACGGUGAGACAUAUGCAACAUGAAAUGAUGCAUGUAGACAAACAUAUCAGCUCUCUGGUAGAGUUGCCCACACAUUUCCGCUCAUAAAGUUUGCCACGCGACAGAUAAGCAUCUGUGAGCUGCUCCUGUCAGUCUCACGCAGUUAUCCAGCACAAUAUGUACAGCACCUGGUAAUUACUUUGAUAUGUUUUAAAAAAUGUAUGCCUAAAAUAAUGCUUAUCUACAUCUCAUUGUCUUACAAUCUUUUUAUGGAACAUCUAUUCUCCCCGUAACACACACACACACACACACACACACACUAAAGAUGGCGCUUAAGGACUCAGUUUAUGCAAAUUAUGAGUUUUCUGAAAUCGGUCUCUGAGAUCUGAGGAGUUGCGUUCCUGUAAUUUGCUUUAUGCUACUAACUUACUUUCUUUCACAUUUAAUUCAAACACAGGCAGAAAUGUCAGUGACGGAUAUAUUAGAACUUUUUCCAAACUGAUUGCAAAGACCGAUACACUGCAAGAGAUUUGCCCUUUUAAUUUGAAUAAACUGACCCUUUCACUCCAUUUCUUACUGUGCUGACAGGUGCAUGUGUGCACACUGCCCGCACUGUCUUAGCUAGGAGAGUUUGUGUAGAAAUAACGGCCAGGAGUGUGUUUUAGGAGCGUCUGAUGUGUAGCUCUCAGUUUCGGGCUGUUUAUCCUCUACGUCAUAGUCGUUGCCAUGGGGAUGGUUCUCCCGGGGGGUCAGAUUGUGUGUAAGUGUGUGCUUGUAUAACCCUUUGAUUAGGAAUGGGACGGCUUUGUCCUUUCUAGCUUCAAAUUCAUGAACAUAUACCUCCAUUACAUGGCAUUUACUGUACAUACGCAUACACUGAUACACACACAAACACACACCACAGUUGUCUAUUCAAAGGGAGAAAGAGCUUGAGGAGGCUGUAGCUUUCCUGCCUCUGCUCUAUAGCCACUGUAAAUGUGCCCCACUGUGUCUACACCUAUAUAGCUAUAAUAAUACUGAUAAGCUGUUAUAAAUAUAACAGCUCCAAUUUUGUAUGUACUUAGAUGGUUUGUAUUGCUGUGCCACUGUGUGGCUUGUGUAAGGGGGGUACGAUAUGUUAGAUGUGUGUAUGUUUGUGUGUGUUCGUUGCAACGGUGGAUUUCAUCUGCAGAAGAGGGGGAGUCUUCUGAAGGACUGCUUUGACAAUCACAAAAAUGACGAGAAGCAGCUCAAACGGAGACCCUCUGAGACGGUUGUUUCCCUGCUGUGGUCACACACGCACACACACACACUCCUAAGAAGACCCACUCAUCCAAACAGUGUUGAAGAAGAACUGUUGAAGGCAACGGGGCACUUCUGAUAUUGUCCUUCGCAUCGGACGAGAGAAAGCCACGCGGGACUUUUAAUUUGAAAUUACAGCCCUACUUUGAGAGGUGGACGGGAGACUUUUAUUUUGUAUUACUUCCUCUGUGCAGUGCAGACUUGUGUAGGCUGAGAUGUGUUCAGGCAGUUAUUGUGUUGGCAUGGUUUUCUUUCUGUCGGUCAUUUUACUUUCUUCUCUCCUUUUCAAUUUCUCUCUUUUCUUUAUGAUUUCUCUCUUUUCUCCAUCAGUUGCCUUCUCUUGUUUUACGGGCCUGCCCCUGUUAGUGGUUGCUUUUGUCUGAUGCUUAAAAGUUAAAUAAAAAUGUUUCAAGAAUAA